UUGAACUCAUGACCCCAAGAUCAAGAGUCACAAGUUCUCACUCAGCCCACCAGGGACCCCAAAAUGAGAUCAACUUUUAGAUGUAAUUCUAUAAUCAGCCAUCUGACUAUAAGCCCUUAGGUUCUACUGUAGGAGCAAGAUCCAACAAGUAAAGCGAGGAGGUGGGCUCAGGACCUGCGUGUGGUCAUUUGUGGGGACACCACUGACCAGACACCAAGAUUUCAGAAAUUGAGGGGAAUGAACUCAAGAAGAAACUAAACACACAAGUCCCCUUUACUGACUGUUUUCCAGUAACAGAAGAAAAUGAUUAAGGACCAGGUAUCUCUGACACUGGAGGAUGUGGCCGUAGACUUCACAUGGGAGGAGUGGCAGCUCCUGGCCCCUGCCCAGAAGAACCUGUAUCGGGACGUGAUGUUGGAGAAUUAUAGGAACCUGGUGUCAGUAGGGUAUAAGGCCAGCAAGCCGGAUACACUCUCCAGGUGGGAACAAGGGGAACUAUGGACAACAGAAGAUGAAAUCCGCAGUCGAAUCUGUCCAGAGAUCAAGAAAGAUGAUGGUCAUCUACAGGGGCACUUGCAAAAUCAAAGAUGUCCAAAGAGAAUGAAACAAUGCCAUGAACAUAAUGCAUUCAGAAACAUCAUUCAUCAGAGUAAAAGUAAUUUUCCCUUAAGGCAAAAUCAUGAUAUCAUUGACUUAGAUGAGAAAACACUGAAAUCAAAUGUAAGUUUAGUCAACCAGAACAGAAUCUAUGAAGUAAAGAAUCUCGUUGAGGUUAGUGGAGAUACAAAAUCCUUCUCCCAUACAAAGCAUGACCAGUAUUGUACUGAAAUUAAAUUUCCUGAAUGUGGGAAUUCUAUGAAUAAAAAUUCCCAAUUCAUCAAGCAUCAAAGAACUGACAAGGUAGAGAAACCCCAUGUAUGCAGUGAAUGUGGAAAAGGCUUCUUCAAGAGAUCUCGGCUCAUGGAUCAUCAGAGAGUUCACACGGGAGAGAAGCCUCAUGGGUGCAGCAUAUGCGGAAAAGCCUUUUCCAGAAAGUCCAGACUCACCGAACAUCAGAAGACUCAUGUAGGUGAGACGCGGUAUGAAUGCUCUGAAUGUGACAAAGCCUUCCCCAAGAAAUCACGGCUAAUCAUGCAUCAGAAAACUCAUACAGGAGAGAAACCCUAUGUGUGCAGUGAGUGUGGAAAAGGCUUCGUCAAGAAGUCUCGGCUCAUAAACCAUCAGAGAGUUCACACAGGAGAGAAGCCUCACGGAUGCAGUCUGUGUGACAAAGCAUUCUCCAGAAAGUCCAGGCUCAUUGAACACCAAAGAACUCACACGGGAGAAAAGCCUUAUGAAUGCACUGAGUGUGACAAAACAUUCCGCUGGAAGUCACAGCUCAAUGCCCAUCAGAAGACUCAUACAGGAGAGAAAUCGUAUAUAUGCAGUGAUUGCGGAAAAGGCUUCAUUCAGAAGGGCAAUCUCAUUGUGCAUCAGCGAACGCAUACUGGGGAGAAGCCUUAUAUAUGCAGUGAAUGUGGGAAAGGUUUCAUUCAGAAGGGCAAUCUCAUUAUACAUCAGCGAACUCACACUGGAGAGAAACCCUAUGUGUGCACCGAAUGUGGGAAAGGCUUUAGCCAGAAGACAUGCCUCAUAUCACAUCAGCGAUUUCAUACUGGAAAGACUCCCUUUGUGUGUACUGAGUGUGGAAAAUCCUGUUCACACAAGUCUGGUCUCAUUAAUCACCAGAGAAUUCACACGGGAGAGAAACCCUAUACCUGCAGUGACUGUGGGAAGGCUUUUAGAGAUAAGUCGUGCCUUAAUCGACACCGGAGAACUCAUACAGGAGAGAGGCCCUAUGGAUGUGCUGACUGUGGGAAGGCUUUCUCUCACCUGUCCUGCCUGGUUUACCAUAAGGGAAUGUUGCAUGCAAGGGAGAAAGGUACACGUUCAGUCGCAUUGGAGAAUCCUUUCGCAGAGAGCCACAGCUCAUCGCUUUCAAAUGACAGCAGGCAGGAGAAGGACCCUGUUAACACAGUGUCCGUGCAAAUGCCUACUGUAGCAGCUCAGACUUCCUUGCAUCUCUGUGGGCUCCUAACAGAUGGGAACAUGGCCACUGUGGGACAUCCAGGUGCCAGAUGCGCACCAUCAGCAGAUAACAGAAUUUGCACAGAGAAACCUUUCGAAUGCAGUGAAUGCGGUAGUGCCCUCACUGAUCAGUUGUGUCAUAUUUUAUGUCACAAAAAGCACGCUGAAAUAAAAUGUGAUACGAUCAAGGUGGAAAACCCUUGACUAAAA